CACAAAGGCAGGUGUAAAAAUAGCAGCCUGCUCAUAACAGUCCUUCAUAAACCUCUCCCUCUUCCUCUCUCACUCUGUCAGCUCUUCCUCGCCGCCGCCGCCACUUCAUUCUGAUGCAGAGCGAUCAGAGGCAUCAGCUGCUGCAGCAGAGCUCCUGGGGGGUUCUUCCUCACACAUCAGAAGCUCUCUAAGGAAUCACCAUGGGAAACUGCACCUCAAGAGCAAAGAAGAAGAGGAAAGAGGCUUCGACUCGAUCUCAGAAAAGCUACGAUGGCAAGCCUAAUGAGGAUGUUACUUAUGCCUCCAUUAACCAUGAAACCAUGCAAGGGCAGAGAAGGAUCAUAGCAAACACUGACUGUGACUAUGCUACCGUUGGCCUUCCACAAAACCUUGUGCCAGAAACGGUGUCCAACUGUUCAUCCAAAGAGGAAUGCACAGACGAUUAUGUGCUCAUGGAGUAAACUGACGAGAAGAAAGACGAUUUGGACGAAGAGGCUGUACGACCAAAAGGCAGAACCUCGUCUGAUGCAAUAGGAGGGCUGGUUGGCAGUUGAGUCGAGAUUGAACUGUAACUCUGGAAAACCUGAAACAUCAUUAAGAUGUACGACAACAAGACAUGUUUUUUUUGUCCUUUCAAGAGAUCAAAUCUUUUUCGGCUGGAUGAUUGUAAUUCCUGAGACACGGCAUCUAGUGUGCAACUUGGAGGAAGAAAAACCAUAAAAAAAUGAAUUUGUGAACUUGAAGGAGGGAAUGUACUAAAUUAUGUUUUUUUUAUUUACAAAAAGCUUUUGAGUAAAACUCAAAGUAAAACAUUUUUAAUUGAAUGUUUAAAGAUUGGCAAACUAAAUGUUUUUAAAAGGCGGAAAAAAAUCAAUAACGCGGUACAAAACAAAGAUGCAAAAGAUAGCCGCAAAGGGGAUUUUUUUUGCACCUGAUGUUGCUUUUCCGAGUUCUGCUGCCUUUGAGGAUGAAUCAUUUUCUGAUUUCUUUAAGUUUAGUUUGAAUAUUUGUUUUCAAAUUUUGAGCUGUGUCAAAUCCGUUGCCUUGAAAACAUCUGAGCCCACAGUGUCCAUUUAUGGUUUGUUCUGUAGGCUAAUGAGAACGACCUGUGAGGUCAGAACUCGUGUAAACUCCAACCUUUUUCUUUGUUAAACGUAAACAAAACUAUAUUCUCUUCCUGUAUGUAAAUGUAUUAUGGUUCAAUGUGGCCCUUCACGUUUUGUGCUCUAGUUUUAUAUUUUUAGAAUUAUUUAUAAAUGGAUUCAUUUGAAUCCGGUGACAUUAAGAAUUUGUUUGUUUUCCUGAGACUUUUUUUUAUUAAUAAAAGGUGUCUAAACUACUGUUGUUGAUUGAUUUACUGCAACCAGCUGCAUUUCUAAAAAAAAACAUUUGAACUUCAUAGAAAAAUUGAUGGGAACGUGUUCACAUCGAGUAUGGCUUAAAAAAAAACACAGACGUAAAUUCAAAAGUAGAACCCUUAAGCCACAAAACAUCUUCUAUUUUACUCAGAUCAACAUCUGUGAC